CUGUCACGGAGUGUCGGGAGCGCGCCUUGGUGGGAGAGGCGACGCAUGCGCAGUGCGGGUUCCUGGGUUCGGGCUGUUCUCCGGUCCCGGUGAUGAGAGGACGGUGACGGGGCUCCUCCGGUGUCCGCUAUGGAGUUCGCAGAGCUGAUCAAGACCCCCCGGGUGGACAAGGUGGUCCUGCACCGACCCUUCCACCCGCCAGUGGGCGGGACCCUGUGCCUGACGGGUCACCAUCUGAUCCUGAGCUCCAGACAGGAUAAUAGUGAGGAGCUGUGGCUGCUCCACUCCAAUAUAGACUCCAUAGAGAAGAGGUUUGUCGGCUCCUCUGGGACCAUCACCGUAAAAUGUAAGGACUUGCGUAUAAUCCAGCUGGAGAUCACAGGGAUGGACGAAAGUAUCAACAUUGCUAGUUCCAUAGAGGCCUUAUCCACUCUGGACACCAUCUCCCUGAUGUACCCCUUCUUCUACCGGCCCAUGUUCGAGGUCACUGAAGACGGCUGGCACGCCUUCCUGCCUGAACAAGAGUUUGAACUCCUCAGCUCAGAGGUAUUUCUCUUCUGUGAAGGUUCUCGUUUAUCCAGGUCAUGGCGUGAGCUUGCUCAAGGAAUGGUCCUGCAGCCUCCUGGGACAUGUGACAUGACCCUACGGGGGCGAGGGGGCGAGGUUUCUUUGGUCCUCCCUGACCGUCUCGGUAUCAGCGGUCUCAGUGGAAGUGACUGGAGGAGUCUUCCAUUGUAUUUUCAGGUUUCUUUGGUCCUCCCUGACCGUCUCGGUAUCAGCGGUCUCAGUGGAAGUGACUGGAGGAGUCUUCCAUUGUAUUUUCAGGUUUCUUUGGUCCUCCCUGACCGUCUCGGUAUCAGCGGUCUCAGUGGAAGUGACUGGAGGAGUCUUCCAUUGUAUUUUCAGGUUUCUUUGGUCCUCCCUGACCGUCUCGGUAUCAGCGGUCUCAGUGGAAGUGACUGGAGGAGUCUUCCAUUGUAUUUUCAGGUUUCUUUGGUCCUCCCUGACCGUCUCGGUAUCAGCGGUCUCAGUGGAAGUGACUGGAGGAGUCUUCCAUUGUAUUUUCAGGUUUCUUUGGUCCUCCCUGACCGUCUCGGUAUCAGCGGUCUCAGUGGAAGUGACUGGAGGAGUCUUCCAUUGUAUUUUCAGGUUUCUUUGGUCCUCCCUGACCGUCUCGGUAUCAGCGGUCUCAGUGGAAGUGACUGGAGGAGUCUUCCAUUGUAUUUUCAGGUUUCUUUGGUCCUCCCUGACCGUCUCGGUAUCAGCGGUCUCAGUGGAAGUGACUGGAGGAGUCUUCCAUUGUAUUUUCAGGUUUCUUUGGUCCUCCCUGACCGUCUCGGUAUCAGCGGUCUCAGUGGAAGUGACUGGAGGAGUCUUCCAUUGUAUUUUCAGGUUUCUUUGGUCCUCCCUGACCGUCUCGGUAUCAGCGGUCUCAGUGGAAGUGACUGGAGGAGUCUUCCAUUGUAUUUUCAGGUUUCUUUGGUCCUCCCUGACCGUCUCGGUAUCAGCGGUCUCAGUGGAAGUGACUGGAGGAGUCUUCCAUUGUAUUUUCAGGUUUCUUUGGUCCUCCCUGACCGUCUCGGUAUCAGCGGUCUCAGUGGAAGUGACUGGAGGAGUCUUCCAUUGUAUUUUCAGGUUUCUUUGGUCCUCCCUGACCGUCUCGGUAUCAGCGGUCUCAGUGGAAGUGACUGGAGGAGUCUUCCACUGUAUUUUCAGGUUGCUUUGGUGCUUCUUGAACGUCUCGGUAUCAGCGGUCUCAGUGGAAGUGACUGGAGGAGUCUUCCAUUGUAUUUUCAGGUUGCUUUGGUGCUUCUUGAACGUCUCGGGCCAGAGUUCAGCUUUAACCCUUUUUGCGGACGGUUUCCUCCCCAGGUGAUGAUGCGCAGCAGUCAGCCUCUUACCGGAACCAACAACAGGCGCUGCAAGGAAGACGAAAAGCUUAUAAACGCCACGUUACGACCAGGGAAGCGCGGCUACAUCAUCGACACCCGCACUCUGAAUGUUGCCCAGCAAGCCAGAGCCCGGGGGGGCGGCUUCGAGCAGGAAGCCUACUACCCGCAAUGGAGGAGGAUCCACAAAUCCAUUGAAAGGUUUAACAUCCUGCAGGAAAGUUUGAUCAAACUGGUAGAAGCCUGCAAUGACCAAUCGCAUAACAUGGAUCGCUGGCUUAGCAAGGUGGAGGCCUCUAACUGGCUGAGCCACAUCAAGGAGAUUUUAACCACUGCCUGCCUGGCGGCACAGUGUAUCGAUCGGGAGGGGGCGUCGGUGUUGGUCCAUGGGUCAGAAGGCAUGGAUUCCACAUUACAGGUGACGUCUUUAGCCCAGAUCAUCCUGGACCCCAAAUGCAGAACCAUCCGUGGCUUUGAGGCCCUGAUUGAGAAGGAAUGGUUACAGGCGGGUCAUCCAUUCCGGCAUCGCUGCGCACAGUCGGCUUACUCCAACAGCAAGCAGAAGUGGGAGGCCCCGACGUUCCUGCUGUUCCUGGACUGCGUGUGGCAGAUCCUCCGUCAGUUCCCCUGCUCCUUCCAGUUUAACGAACGCUUUCUCAUUACGCUCUUCGAGCACGCCUACGCCUCUCAGUUUGGGUCCUUCCUCUGCAACGACGAGUAUGAGAGGAGUAAACUGAAGCUCCAGCAGAAGACUUUGUCCCUCUGGUCCUGGAUGAACCAGCCGACGGAGCUCCACAAAUUCACCAAUCCCUUAUUCGAAGCCAAUGGGCUGGUGAUCUGGCCAUCAGUGGCCCCCCAGAGCCUUCUGUUAUGGGAAGGUGUGUUCCUGCGCUGGAAUCGGCCCUCGAAGUACCUGGAGGACGCCUACCAAGAGAUGAUCCACAUCAUAGAGUAUAACAAGGAGCUUCAAGUCAAAGUCAACGCACUGAGAAGGCAGCUGGCCGAGCUGGAGACUGAGGACGGGAUGCUGGAGACCCCAUAGAGCGGGCACUCUUUCUGCCAAUCACCUUGCCUCCCCUCCAUUGUGCCCUCGUGUACGUGACCCGAGGCGGGGGAGGGCUCCAUGUUUACAAUGCCUGUCAUGCAUGCACUACACGUUUCCUCUCGUGCAUUUGGUAUAUUAAUCUGGGGGACAGCGGCCGCUCUGAUUGUAAGACCAAUUCUACCCAACGCCGGUAAUCUCUUUCUAGCUGGGGCACUGGUUUGGUGAUUGAGUCCCAUUAUUGAUUUUAAAGACUUUUAAUGGGAUUUAUCUGUAGUCUGCCCCACCCCAUAAUGAAGACGUCCUCCUCUCACCCCAAUUAUUUAUAAUCUAGAGAAAGUGUCGCCAUCUGACUACCUUAUAGUUUCUGCUGCCGUAAGGUAGACCCGUGGAUGCCAAUGGGGAGAUCUCAUCAUCCAAAUCAUCCAUCAUCCAAAUCCUCAUCAUCCAAAAUACUUAAGUUUGGGAAUUAAAUUUUUAAGAAUAAAUAAGAUAAAGAUUAA